UUUGGUAUUGUUUACAGAAUAUUCUUAAUAUUUAUUUUGUAUUGAAUAUACACAAGUUUAUAUUUAUCACAAUGACUUCUAGUUUUAUGAUAAAUAGUAUCCAGCAAAGAUUAAUGGAUAAAGUGUCCCGAAUAGAUAAUAUUGUAGCGUUUGAUGAUGACCUACCACCUAAAAGUGUCUGUAGGCUCACAUUUGUCGACUUUGCGCCCAUAUUUAAAAUCGAUUUAGACCAUGGCAGUGAAAAACUCGUAAAUAUCACCAUGGUGGAGGUAUGGGAUGUGGUCUGUUGCGAGACUAUCGGUGCGAACGUAGAGAUCCAGUUGAGUGUGGGCGGGCUGAUUGAGCGCAAGCGGGUGCUGACCACAUACGCCAUGGGCGACACUGACAUGGAGGCGCUUAACCUGGAGGCGCUGGUGCACUUAAGGGCGCCGGUAGUUUUUCACGUUAAACUUCUGAGGCUAUGGGUGCGACCGUUUGAUACCCGCGAGUACGACGAGAAGGUGCGACCGAUUGUACCGCAGAUACAGUUCCGCGACUUUGAGCCUAAAAUAGUGGACUCAAGUAGUAAUAGGUUUGAGAGCAUCGAUGAGGUGGUGGCGCGACUUAACGGUGCCAUUAAUGCCGAAGAGAUUACGGGAAAGGUGUUGAGCGUACAGACACUGGCCUGUAGUGCUGGUCAUAACUGGGAGAUAGACUCCCAGUCCACGCGGUAUCAGCCAUGGGCGGGAAAGACUGUAUUCGUGUUGAGAGUGAUUUGGAUGUUAGGGCCGAUACAGGACGAGGAGGUAGGGUUGACUGACUUUGUGCCCCAGUGUCUGGUAGGGGGCGGUAUGUUUAAGAGACCGCAGUUCGAGUCCCAGUCCUGUGUAUUACGGAAGGCCUCGAAAUGGUUGUCCGAAAACCCGGAGAUUAACUUCUUUAGCGCGAUGUCAGUGUAUAUAAAGCUAAAGUCAAUUGCAUCGAUUGACACGAAACAGAUGUCUGUCACUCGAGGAACCGGACAUUACGUGCGAUUCCUACGCAUAGCGUAUACCAAACCCCGGAAGGUGUCGGCAAACAUAUCGCUUAACUCUACACUACCGCCGCCUCCGCCCAUAUAUCUCGAGCACCGGGUGUUUGUCUUACAUAAGGACUACUCGGAGAUUAAGCACGCGAUCAACGACUUCAUAGGAAGGGAUGAGUGGCGGACAGCACACGAGCAGUACAAUUGGCUUCUCCUAAACUGCGAAACGGUUCCCAUAUUUGCGAAGAAUUAUCUCAAAACAACGCUCGAGAAGAAUACUGACCGUUCAUUUCAGGCCCUCCUGUCCUCCAACCUAAACCUCAGUCUUACACAAUAUUAUGCGCUUAAACUCUAUUACGAUGUCGGAUACUUUGGUGCCUCUAUGGUUCCCUAA